CUUCGCUGAGGGCUGGGCCAUGGAGCGCCCGGCGCCGGGGGAGGUGCGCAUGAGCCAGGCCAUCCAGCCCGCGCACGCCAACUCGCGCGGCGAGCUGAGCGCGGGGCAGCUGCUCAAGUGGAUCGACGCCACCGCCUGCCUGGCGGCUGAAAAACAUGCCGGGGUUUCCUGUGUUACAGCCUCAGUGGAUGACAUACAAUUUGAGGAGAUGGCAAGAGUUGGACAAGUUAUAACCAUCAAAGCAAAAGUUACCAGAGCAUUCAGCACAAGCAUGGAGAUCAGCAUCAAGGUCAUAGUCCAGGACAUGUUGACUGGUAUUGAGAAACUUGUCAGUGUGGCUUUCUCUACCUUUGUAGCCAAACCAGUUGGAGAAGAAAAGAUUGAUUUAAAACCAGUCACACUUCUAACUGAGCAAGAUCACAUGGAACAUAAUCUGGCUUCUGAGAGAAGGAAAGUUCGAUUACAUCAUGAAGAUACCUUUAAGAACUUGAUGAAGGAAAAUAGCAAGUUUGAAGACCCCAUCUGUGACGAAGAGGAAGGAAUGGUUCCCACAAGUGGCACAUCUGUUCAGAGCAUUGAACUUGUCCUCCCACCCCACGCAAACCAUCAUGGAAAUACAUUUGGUGGCCAAAUUAUGGCUUGGAUGGAGACCGUGGCUACUAUUUCUGCAAGACGCCUCUGUCGGGCACACCCCCUUCUGAAGUCUGUGGACAUGUUUAAGUUCCGGGGACCGUCUACUGUUGGAGAUCGGCUUGUUUUCAAUGCCAUUGUCAACAAUACAUUUCAGACCUGUGUGGAAGUGGGAGUGCGUGUGGAAGCCUUUGACUGUCAGGAGUGGUCUGAGGGCCAAGGCCGGCACAUCAACAGUGCUUUUCUCAUUUACAAUGCUGUCGAUGAUAAGGAAGAACUGGUCACAUUUCCCAGAAUCAAACCCAUGUCAGAGGAAGAUUUUAGACGGUAUCGUGGAGCUAUUGCACGCAAGAGAAUUCGCCUCGGCAGAAAAUAUGUUAUUUCCCACAAAGAAGAGGUGUCACUCUCUGUACACUGGGACAUAAGCAACCAGGGAACCCUGAGUAAUGCCAAUGUGGAGGCUCUCAAGAAUCUGGCAGCCAGAAGCGGUUGGGAGGUUACCAGUGUGGUAGAAAAGAUAAAAAUAUAUACCCUGGAAGAGCAUGACAUUUUAUCUGUUUGGGUUGAAAAGCACGUGGAAAGACCAGCACAUGUGGCUUAUCAUCUCUUGUCUGACUUUACCAAGAGACCUUUGUGGGACCCCCAUUAUGUGUCCUGUGAAGUCAUAGACUGGGUGAGCAAAGCUGAUCAGAUAUAUCAUAUCACUUGUCCUGUAGUGAAUGGUGACAAGCCCAAAGACUUGGUAGUGCUUGUAUCACGGAGAAGGCCUCUCAAAGAUGGUGACAGUUACGUGGUGGCAGUGAAAUCCGUUAUUCUACCAUCAGUCCCACCUUCUCCACAGUACAUCAGAAGUGAAAUCAUCCGUGCUGGAUUUCUCAUCCAUGCGAUCGACAGCAUUUCCUGUACCGUAUCAUACUUCAACCAGAUUUCUGCUAGCAUCUCUCCUUACUUUGCUGGAAAUCUUGGUGGCUGGUCAAAAUCCAUCGAAGAAACAGCAGCCUCUUGUAUACAAUUCUUAGAGAAUGCUACUGAGGAUGGAUUGAUAAACAUAUUUUAAAUGGUAAACUUUCAAUUACCUGUAAUUUUAUUUCCCACCUUUAAUUCCAAGUACACUUAGCCCUGACAACUGGCAAGAUUUUGGGCCACAAAAUAAUUUAAUUUUGGCUUAAGCAAAAGGCAGUAAGGGGUUAAAAAAUAAAAUUGGUCUCAGGUCAAAUACCAGUGAUUUGGAUUGUAUUAUUAGAAGAGUUUUAACACUGUUUUAGAUCAUCUGUGGCUCUCCUCCCUUCUGGGGGCAUGGGCAGUGGAAAUGGCCCAUAUGCAAUUUUGUAUGGACCAUAUAAUGGUACAAAUACGGUUUAAAAUGAUCAUAAGCAUUUUUACAUUACAGAAGUGAAACAUGUGUUCUGGUUAAAAUUUUAUAAAAUUUUAAAAAUCAAAAAUGGUAAGUUGGCUAGUUGAUUAAUAGUGUGGGAAUAUUCUAUAUAUGGCAGAUAUCUGUAUGUCACGAGCAUCUGACAAGAUGUAUUACAUGUUUUAGAGCUUUAAAUUAGGAAGACAUUA